GCACGCGCCAGGAAGCUCACCUCAGACGUCGCUGUUGGAGGAGCACUUCGACCCCAGGGGAGGCGGGUGACGCUCAGAGGAGCGUGUGACUGAGCGCAGUUCACUUCUGCUCUUGAAGGCAGACGAGCGGGGUUUUCUAGACCCGGAGCAGCUUUAAAUAGAAAAAGAGGAAAGGAGAAGCGAAGAGAAACUUGCUUUUGUGUCUUAAAAAGUGCCGUAGGUGAAAUCUGUCAGUGAGAUGAGUCCUGUACACUGGUGGCGGCAGACAAGGUUGCAGGCAAGCUGAGUUCUACUCUCUCAUGGGUGAAGAACUCGGUGUCUCAGACCGUCAGUCAGAUGGCUAGCCAGGUGGCCCCUCCCUCGUCCCUGCACACCCCCCCGGUCUCCAACAGCCUGUCCACACCCGGCCUGUCGCCCUCCUCGCCCUCCUCGCCCUCCCAGCUCAGCCCCGAUGAGGUGGAGCUGCUGGCCAAGCUCGAGGAGCAGAACAGGCUCCUGGAGACGGACAGCAAGUCCCUGAAGUCGGUGAACGGCUCGCGGCGCAACAGUGGCUCCUCCCUGGUGUCCAGCUCCUCGGCCUCCUCCAACCUGUCGCACCUGGAGGAGGACUCCUGGAUCCUGUGGGGCCGCAUCGUCAAUGAGUGGGAGGACGUGCGCAAGAAGAAGGAGAAACAGCUCAAGGAGCUGGUCAGGAAAGGGAUCCCGCACCACUUCCGGGCGAUAGUAUGGCAGCUCCUCUGCAACGCCCAGAACAUGCCCAUCAAGGACCAGUACUCGGACCUGCUGAAGAUGACGUCGCCCUGCGAGAAGCUGAUCCGCAGGGACAUCGCCCGCACCUACCCCGAGCACGACUUCUUCAAGGAGAAGGACAGCCUGGGCCAGGAGGUGCUCUUCAACGUCAUGAAGGCAUACUCGCUGGUGGACCGGGAGGUGGGUUACUGUCAGGGGAGUGCAUUUAUCGUCGGACUCCUACUCAUGCAGAUGCCCGAGGAGGAGGCCUUCUGUGUCUUUGUGAAGCUGAUGCAGGACUACCGUCUGAGGGAGCUCUUCAAGCCCAGCAUGGCGGAGCUGGGACUUUGCAUGUACCAGUUUGAGUGCAUGAUCCAGGAGCAGCUACCUGAGCUCCACGUGCACUUCCAGGCCCAGAGCUUCCACACCUCCAUGUACGCCUCCUCCUGGUUCCUCACCAUCUUCCUCACCUCCUUCCCUCUCACUGUCGCCACCAGGAUCUUUGACAUCUUCAUGUGUGAGGGUCUGGAGAUUGUGUUCCGCGUGGGACUGGCCAUUCUCCAGAUGAACCAGGCGGAGCUCAUUCAGCUGGAUAUGGAGGGGAUGUUACAGCACUUUCAGAAGGUCGUCCCCCACCAGCUGGACUCUGGGCCAGACAAGGUGAUCCACGCGGCCUAUCAGGUCAAGUACAACGCAAAGAAGAUGAAGAAGCUAGAAAAGGAAUACACUACAAUCAAAACAAAGGAGAUGGAGGAGCAGGUGGAAAUCAAGAGGCUGCGGACCGAGAACAGGCUGCUGAAGCAGAGGAUCGACACUCUGGAGAAAGAAAGUGCUUCCUUGGCAGAUAGAUUGAUCCAGGGACAAGUGACACGAGCUCAGGAGGCGGAGGAGAACUACCUGAUAAAGCGGGAGCUGGCCACGGUCAGGCAGCAGAGCGAGGAGGCCAGCGCCCGGCUGGAGCAGGCCCACAGCACCAUCCGGGAGCUGCAGCAGCGGCAGCAGCCGCAGGCGACCAAGGGGAACCCACGCUACACGGAGGACUUCAUCCUGCAGCUGGAGAGGGAGCUGGUGCAGGCGCGGCUGAAGGAGGCCGAGUCACAGUGCGCCCUCAAGGAGAUGCAGGACAAGGUCCUGGAGAUGGAGAAGAGGAACACGGCCCUGCCAGAGGAGACCAACGUGGUUCGCCUGCAGGAGGAGCUGAUUGCAGUGAAGAUUCGAGAGGCGGAGGCUCUCACUGGACUCAAGGAGCUGCACCAAAAAGUGCGAGACCUGGAGGAGCACUGGCAGAGCCACCUGGCUCGGACGGCGGGCCGCUGGAAGGACAGCCCCAGGAAGAACGCUGUGAACGAGCUGCAGGAUGAGCUGAUGAGCGCCAGGCUGCGGGAGGCCGAGGCCCAGGUGGUGCUCAAAGAGACCCGGCAAAGGCUGCUGGAGCUGGAGACUCAGAACCAGGUCCAAGGGAACCAGCUGCGAAGGGCGGAGCAGGAGGGGCGGAGCCUGCAGGAGCGUGUGCAGCUGCUGACCGCGCAGAACAAGGGCCUGCUGGUGCAGCUGCAGGAGACCAAGCGCAAGCUGGCCGAGAUCGAGUGCAAGAACAAAGAGGAGGUGAUGGCGGUGCGUCUCCGUGAGGCCGACAACAUCGCCGCCAUGGCGGAACUCCAGCAGCACAUCGCAGAACUGGAAUUCCAGAAAGAAGAGGGGAAGGUCCAGGGUCAUCUGAACAGCUCUGACUCCAGCCAGUACAUCCGUGAGUUGAAGGACCAGAUAUCAGAGCUCAAACACGAGAUCCGAUGCCUGCGGGGCCAGAGAGCGGUGUCCAGCCAGCCCACUUUUGACGGCAUCCACAUCGUGAGUCACUACAUGGGGGACGAGGAGCUGUACCAAUCCUCGGAUGAGGACACGAGCAAGGGUGACCCCUGCGACCUCCCGUCCCCCUACGAGCCACAGAGGAACUCCAGCCGAAUCGUACUCCACUCUAACAUGGUCGACACGGACAGCGAUCCCGAGGAGGACGGCCUCCACCUCUCCGUUUCUACCGCCGACAGCCAGGCCCAGAAAAGCCGCAAGACCACCACUGUGUGACCGCCAGCAGGGCGGUGCUCUCACGCUUGAGAGCUAGAGGAGGAUUUUUUAUUCUCUAUUCAUCAGUGGGACUUUGGGGGGAGGGGGGGCACUUCUACUACAACAACAACAACAACAUUUCCCUCCUCCAGAUAUGUGUACAACGUCAUGGUGUGUACAACUUAAUGGUGUGAGGAACUGUUCUUAAAACCGUGGAGAGUAGCUUGAGAGACGGCGUCGCACCUGUUUUUUUUUGUUUGUUUGUUUUAUAUUUGUGAUUGCGUCUGCCUUACUUUUGCCAAAAUCAGUCCGACGUACAUAUCAUCACCAGUCCAUGGACUCUGAUGGAAUUGGUGGGAUAGAGAGACAUGGGGGCUGGCAGUAUUAAUGUACAGGCCUCUUCUUUUCAAGACAGCAAGAGCCUCUACAGGCCCCAUAUGAACACUAAGGAAGACCGGGGUGAAGUCUAGGCUCCAGGGAACACAUGCACACACCCUGUUCCAGGUACAACACCAAGAGAGAGACCUUGUGCAAUAGCUUUUUGUUUUUUUGUUUUUGCUUGAUGAUGACAAAGUUUUACUGUGUGUAUUUUUAAAAAUAUUUUACGUUCGCCUUUUUUUUUGGGCGAUGCAUAAUUGUGUACAACAACAGUCCACCGCAAGCUAAUUCACACAGCAUGAUAAAUGUGUGAAUUAAACAACGAUCUAAAAUGCUUUUAGGUAAAAGAAAUCCUAAAAAAAAAAAAGGGACUGCGUGUAGUGGUCUUAGUGGAGUCAUCCAUAUCAUGCAUUAAACUCAACAUGAAUUUGAGAAGUGUACGUCUUUUAGACACUUAUUUGGCGCUUUGGUGUCAGCAGCCGAAACGGUCAAUAGGGAUCUGUAUCUUUGUAUAUAUUUAGUGUUCAUUCAUAUUUUGUUCUGUAUCAAUAUCAUCACAUAUACUUGAAACCUUUUAUAUAAUAUUACAGAUAUUCUGCUUUUUAUCAUCUAUUGUACAAUUGAGUUUUAAAGGGACAUUUCACUCCUUAAUGCAUUGUGAUCUCAUGCAAAAAGAGGUUAAAGCUUAGAGAAAAACGUUUUUUUUGUAAACAAAUGUUAUUUAUGGAAAUUUUCAACAUUGUUGAAUGGGGAGGCUAACAAGAAAUUGUAUGUAAUGUAUGUAUGCAAACAAGUGUACAUACAGCUCUGGAGAUGACUGAUGUACAGGCAAACACAGGCAAACUUAUGAAAUUAUGAUCAGUUUCAUAGUUGCAUAUCAUAGCACACUCAAUUAGCUAUGAUCCCUUCUGAAUCACAACAGCAGUCAGCUGGUGCCAGUUAAUAAAAAAAGUACAUGAUCAAGUUUAAACACUCCUUCACUCUUAAGUGGCAUUUUUGUGUGUUAUUUUAAUGCCCUUUUUUUCUCAAUUCCACAUUCUCAGCUCUUUGCAAAUAGGACCUUCUUGCUACAGUCAUACAGACAUUUUAACAGUAAACCACAUUCUGGUACACAGAGAUAUCCAGCAGGUAAAAUGAGCACUGUGUGUGUUUCUGAAAAGUCUGCUUUUACGGAUCCAAUGAUGACUUGUUAUAUGUACAUAUGAUGCCUAUUUGCACGUUACCUGUGACAGUCAAGGGAAUAUUUACUGUGAUACAGUAGAAAGGGAGGUACAGUCAAAUCAUAAAAUAUAUAUAUAUAAAAAUCCCAGAUUAAUACUAUGUAGCCAGGAUGGCCUGUUUUAUUCCUUUAUACAUGUACAUAAUGUUUUUUUGUUUGUUUUUAAAUGAAAUGCAGGUAUACAUCGCUGAUAACUGAAAUGGCGUCUUCAGCUUCUCAUUUGGGGAGGGUUUUCCAUUUCCAUGUUUUGACAGCUAUAAAAUGUGUUGAUUUGAAUUGUGCAUGUGUCAGUACUCCUGACUUUCUCCCCCCAGUGCUUGACUGGCAUUGCGUGAGACCCUGCCAUAAUGUACUUGGUGUACAUUAAGAAAUAUCCUGUCCGUUGUAAUGUAUAUAACAUGCCUCCUGCCCAAUUACACACAGCACCCCAAUCUGGGCUCCUUGGGUUUGAUUAAGCCUCACUGAAUGAGUCUGAAUGAAAACCUUAAGGGCAGCAGAUCACGAUGACUGAGCCACCGCUCGUAAUUAGAUCCUGAAUCCAUUCCGCAGAUUCACUGUAACGGCUCUAGCACACCUGAAUGUGGUUUGUAGUAACAACAGCGAUG